CUCUGCAAACCUCUCCCUCUUUGUACUAUUUAACCUGUUUGUUCAGUCACCAGAGGGUAAGGCCUACAGCAAAGACUUGCGCUGAGUUUUGAGACACUGACAGAGAUCGUGACACGAGCCGCUCGCGAUGCAGGAGCCGUGGAACUUCAGAUUCGGGAUCGUCAUUCUCGGAGACUCGGCCGUAGGGAAAUCAUCUCUUCUGCAUCGCUUCACUGAAGGAACGUUUGAUGAAUCCCGUCAGUCUCCACUGGGAAUCGAUUUCAAGGUGCAUAACAUGAACUUUGACCCUGAUGUUGUGAUCAAACUGCUUCUGUGGGACACAGCAGGACAGGAGAGAUUUAGGUCCAUAUGUAAGUCUUACAUGAGGAACUCUGUGGGCUGCAUCCUGAUGUUGGACGUCUCGCAGCGACAGACGUUUGACCGUGUGGGCAGCUGGCAUCAGGAAGUCCUGGACUAUGUGAAACCGAACCCGAUGUUCUUCGUGCUCGUGGGUCACAAAUGUGAUCUGGCCGUGGGCCGACAGGUCAGGAAGAGUGAAGGAGAAGCUCUAGCUAAAAAACUCAACAUGCUGGCUUACCUUGAGGUGUCUACAAAAGAGAACAUUAACGUCAGCGAGGCGUUUGAGACCUUGACCAGAGGCGUAUACACCCUCUUCCAGCAAGGCAAAAUACCCACCCGAGAUGACUGGCACGGGUUAACGGUCGGGGCCACCAAUAAAAAAGAGCCACCUGUGACCAAAAAGUCUGCCUGCUGCAACUGCGGAUGAAUUUACUGUGUGAUUCAGACUAAACCGAACCUUCCUGCACAGAGUAAAGUAUUGUAAAUUAUGUUUACUACAGUAUUUUAAAUGCAUAAGCCUACUAAACAGCACUGAACAGUAUGUAGUUAAAGGGCUCAUGUCAGGAGGAAUACAAUUUUAGAUGAAAGCAAAUCAGCAAAUUGUGAAAAUAAAUGUAGCGAAGUGCUGACACUCGCAGGCAAAAAUGGUGUUUACACUAAAGACUUAGACAAAAUGUCAUUUUA